CUGCAUGGAGCACUGGGUGUUAUACGCAAACAAUGAACAAACCACCUUCACUUGGAACAUCAACCACACCUGGCUGAUGGUGGUGGAGGAACGAUGUGUUUACUGUGUGAACUCUGAUAACAGCGGCUGGACCGAAAUCUGCCGGGAAGCCUGGGUCUCCUCUAGCUUAUUUGGUGUCUCCAGAGCUGUCCAGGAAUUUGAUCUUGCCCGGUUCAAAAGCAACGUGACCAAGACAAUGAAGGGCUUUGAGUACAUCUUGGCCAAGCUGCAAGGGGAGGCCCCUUCCAAAACCCUCGUUGAGACAGCCAAGGAAGCCAAGGAGAAGGCCAAGGAGACAGCACUGGCAGCUACAGAGAAGGCCAAGGACCUGGCCAGCAAGGUGGCCAGCAAGCAGCAGCAACAGCGGCAGCACUUCCUGUAGCCAGCCCAGGCCCCGGGGCCGUGGGACACCUGACGGCCCGGCUCCAGUCCCUCUGCCCUUCCCCCUUGUACUUUACUAGUAAAACUCAAC